UUUUCCUGGCGGGGACGGCGCACGCGCAUCUUCUUCCCCUGCAACUGUCGUUGGUCGGUCGUAGUCUCCCGCGGUGUCCCGGGACUGGGACGUGGGCCCAGGAGCUCUCAGAGCCAUCGAGCCUUUGUCAGCCCCUCCCACUGAUGGAGACAGGCUGUUAGUUUCUCCAGCAGCCACAGAGCGACCGGGGUGGCCCAUGGAUGUGCCAGAGAGCCGGGCGGGUGGCCCCGCUGCAAAAAUGUACCUCUGGGACCAGCUGGAAGAGGGGACCCUGGGGACGAUGCUGAGCUUGGAGGAGCAAAUACUCAACUCUACGUUUGAAGCUUGUGACACCCAGAGGACAGGCAUUGUGGCUGUGACCCAUGUACUGGCCUACUUGGAGGCUGUGACAGGACAGGACCCCCAGGACGCACGCCUCCAAACACUGGCCUGCAACCUGGACCCCAAUGGGGAGGGCCCUCGGGCCACUGUGGACUUGGACACCUUCCUGGCCGUCAUGCGGGACUGGAUCGCUGCCUGUCAGUUGGAUGGGGGAUUAGAGCUGGAAGAGGAGACAGCCUUCGAGGGGGCCCUGACCUCCCAGCAACCGCCAUCUGGAUGCCCAGAAGCCGAGGAGCCAGCCAACCUGGAGAGCUUCGGAGGCGAAGACCCCAGACCUGAGCUGCCUGCCACCGCCGAGCUGCUGAGCAGCCUGGAGGAUCUGGAGCUCAGCAACCGCAGGCUGGCCGGGGAGAACGCCAAGCUCCAGCGCAGCGUGGAGACGGCUGAGGAGGGCUCGGCGCGCCUCGGGGAGGAGAUCGAAGCCCUGCGCAAGCAGCUUCGCAGUACCCAGCAGGCUCUGCAGUGUGCCAAGGCUGUGGAUGAGGAGCUAGAGGACCUUAAGACUCUGGCCAAGAGCCUGGAGGAACAGAAUCGCAGCCUCCUGGCCCAGGCCCGGCAGACGGAAAAGGAGCAGCAGCAUCUGGUGGCCGAGAUGGAGACUCUGCAGGAGGAGAACGAGAAGCUACUGGCUGAGCGGGAUGGAGUCAAAAGGAGGAGUGAGGAGCUGGCCACGGAGAAGGAGGCUUUGAAGCGGCAGCUCUAUGAGUGUGAACGCCUCAUUUGCCAACGAGAUGCUGUCCUCUCGGAGCGCACUCGCCACGCAGAGAGCCUGGCCGAGACAUUGGAGGAGUACAGAACGAGGACCCAGGAACUGAGGCUGGAAAUCUCACAUCUGGAGGAGCAGCUGAGUCAGACCCAUGAGGGGCAGGAUGAGCUACCGGAAGAGGCCCAGGCGAGAAGAAUGGGCUGGACCAGGCUGUUGCCCCUUUCACUGGGCGUGGAGAUCGAGGCCAUUCAGCAGAAACAGCUUCUCCUCUCCCAGAAACAAGAAGUGGCAGCCACCGCUCUCUCCAGCCCUCUGUGUGGAGUGUGGCAGUGGGAGGAGAUCAUCAUUGAGACAGAUGAGGAAGUGGAGUUUCUGCCUGAAGCCUCAUCUGGGGCACAGAGAAACUUGCAGGGAGAGCCAGUGUACCCUCAGGGAGAAAGGAAGGAGCGAUCAAUGUGGUUGCCCAGAAGAGAGGAAGAAGAGGAAGCAGAGCCCCAGAUCAUGGCCAAUCUCCCCAGCCCUCUGGGGGACCUUCUCCCUGGAGACGUUCCAGGAAGCCCUCCUGAGAGCCCUGAGCCCGAGCCGCAGCAAGCGCUGGUGCCUGUGGUGAGAGAGCUGGUCCCGGUCAGGGGGCCGGUCUGGGGCCAGCUCAGCCUGCCGCCCCUGCAGCCCCAGCCGCCGGUCAGGUGCGCCCUGAAGCAUCUCCAGAAGGAGGGUGGCCAGCACAUGUUGGGGUAUGGCCCCCUGCUGAGACCCCACCAGCAACCCUGCGCCCCAGGCCCCUCCCUAAGCACUGGACUGCCUCUCACCAGGGUCACUCGGCACCCACUGAUCCCGGCACCUAUCUUGGGCCUGCUGCUGCUGCUGCUGCUCUCCGUCCUGCUGCUGGGCCAGUCCCCGCCCCCCACCUGGCCCCACCUCCAGCUCUGCUACCUCCAGCCGCCCCCAGUGUGAGGUGCUCAGAGCAAGGUCUAGUCAGACAACUCCUGGGGAAUCCUACUGUUAUUACCAUUGUUGUGCCACCAUUAGCUGGGGGGACCCCGGUAUGGGGACCCCAGAUACAGUGCUCCAGGACACACCCCUGUAUUGGUUUUUUAUGUGAAGUCUUUUGGUUUUUUAACGUUGGUGACUACAUUUCUUAGCAAUAGCAAAACACACCCAAUAAUGAAUUAAAUACUAGGAGUUUAUUUUCCUCCUGAAACAAGUUUGGAGGAGGACAGCUGUGGGCCCACAGCCUGGGAGUCAAGGGAGCUAUGAUUCUCUAUGAUCCUCUCGGCCCUUCCCUCUUGCUCAGGAGAUGGCAGGUGUAGCUUCAUACAUCACAUCUGUCAGAAGAAGGGGACGUGUCCCUUCUUUUCUUCAUAAAGAAAAGCCGUGGCCUUCCCAGAGCCAGCAGCCGACCUCAUUGGUCGUGUUUAGGUCUCAUUGUCUCAUUGGUCAGAAGUGUUUGUUGUGACCACUCCUAGCUGCAAGAGAGCCUGGGAGGCUGAGCACCUCUCCCCUCUCCUGGCAGAAAGAGGGAGAGAGACAGUGGGCCAGGCACACAUCACAGAUGUCCCCUGCAGUGCAAACAGCCGGCAGGAAAUGGACCAGUGUGCCAUUUGCUCACUCAUCACUUACUGCUCAUCUGCGUGCCACAAUUAGACCUUAGAAGAUAAAGCUGUAGGGGCGCCUGGGUGGCUCAGUCCAUUAAGCGCAUGAUCUCAGGGUCCUGGGAUAGAGCCCUGCAAGGCUCAGCAGGGAGUCUGCUUGUCCCUCUGCCCCUCCCACUCGUGCU